ACCCAUGAAAAACAGAAACCGUUGUAAUUUUGGACCAGGUGACUUCCCGUAGCAUCAGGGUUCACUCGUGGAUGUUUUGAAAGCAGCCCUCGUGUCGUACGCUUUAACGCUGUUAGUGCAGCUGUCAUCAAGACAAAUAUGCCGUGAAUAAAGAUGGAGUGAAGGCUGUUUUCUGCUCCACCAGGAUGGACAGGCGUGGCAGCCGAGGGGAGCCCCCAAGUGAGCUGCCCACUCCCUGUGCUCACUGCCCUCUGCUCUGUCCUGAUUCACAUAUGGAUGCGCGGGGCUACAAGUGGGUGCGAUGGCGUGUGUGGUUGUGCCGGGUGCUGGCUUUAUUGACCGGGGGCCUCCUGGCCUUGUUGUUUUACUGGCGCCCACGGCUGGGGGUCCUUGCUCGCGGUUCUCCCUGUCCCUUGGCAAUGGCUGAUGUACUCCUCAUACAAGACAGUGGUAACAAGCAGCAUGUAGUGAAAGUUCACACUGAAGAAAUGGAGGAAGGAAGUUGGGAGAUGUUGGGAGAAUUGGAUGACAAUGAGUCAAGAGACACUGUUCAGUUGUAUCAGCAGGACCAGAAAACGCUGCUGCGCUACUACAUUCUUGAUGGACUGCGAUAUGUGUGGCUGGACAGAAAGGAAUCGUUCGUUCGCGUUAGUAUCCUCAAUGAGGAUUGGACAUGCCAGGAUCUGCAUGGCUUCCAAAAAGGGCUGAGCCCUCAGGAGCAAAUUUUCAGGAGACGAGUAUAUGGUUCCAACCUUAUAGAUGUGCCUGUUAAGUCUUACAUCCAACUUCUGUUUGAAGAGGUUCUGAAUCCUUUUUACAUUUUCCAGUUAGCCAGCAUCAUCCUGUGGAUGUCUGAUCACUAUUAUUAUUAUGCUGUAUGUAUAAUUGUGAUCUCCCUAAUCUCCAUUGGCGUUUCACUAUAUGAGAUCCGCAAGCAAAGUGUUACUCUUCACAACAUGGCUCGUCUGGUUGUGGAUGUUAAGAUCCGCAAAAGCUCAGGAGAGGAGCAGAUUGUGAGCUCAGUGGACUUGGUUCCUGGAGACUGUGUGCUCAUCCCCGCUGAGGGCCUGCUUCUACCCUGUGAUGCUGCCCUGCUGUCUGGGGAAUGUCUGGUCAAUGAGAGCAUGCUCACAGGUGAGAGCGUUCCUGUUUUAAAAACACCUCUGCCUGCUGGAGAUCAGAGAUACAAUUCUGAAACAGAGCGUCGAUACACACUGUUCUGUGGCACGCAAGUCAUCCAGGGAAAAGGAGGAGGGCUGGAGGGCAGUCCGGCGGUUGCCGUAGUCACCAGCACUGGAUUUUUCACAGCCAAAGGGAAUUUGGUGAGCUCCAUUUUGUAUCCUCAGGAUUCAGACUUUCGCUUCAAUCGAGAUGCUUCCAAGUUUCUCCUCUUUCUGGGUGUAAUAGCAUGCAUGGGAACUAUUUAUAGCAUUCUCCUAUUCAUCAAAUACAAUGCCUCUCUGAAGGACAUAUUUGUGCGGUCCCUGGACAUUGUGACCAUCGUGGUGCCCCCUGCUCUGCCUGCUGCCAUCACUACAGCUACUAUUUAUGCCCAAAAGCGACUCAAGAAUCUGAACGUCUUCUGCAUCAGCCCUCCUCGUAUUAACAUCAGCGGCAAGGUGUCUGUUUUCUGCUUUGACAAGACUGGAACUUUAACAGAAGACGGUCUGGAUGUGUGGGGUAUAAUGGAGGGCAAUAGUGUUGGUUUUUCUGAGCUAGUCCCCGACCCCUCCCUCCUUCACCCGGGGCCUAUGCUUUCAGCUCUGGCUUGUUGCCACACUCUCACUUUGCUGCAUGGGAACCCUGUAGGAGACCCUCUGGAGCUCAAGAUGGUAGAAUCUACUGGCUGGACUCUGGAUGAGCCUCUUGGGAACAGACAUACUACUGAUUCUGAGUUUGGAGGUCAUAGAAUUCUGGCAAUGAUGAAUCCUCCCUCACAAAAGCACACAACUGCUCUGGCCAUUGUCCGGCGCUUUGCUUUCAGCUCAGCCCUUCAGAGGAUGAGUGUGGUGACUGUGACCCCAGGGAGACAGUCAGUGGUAGCUUUUCUCAAAGGGUCUCCAGAGAUGGUGGCGAGCCUUUGCAAAGAGGAAACUGUGCCGGCACAGUUUACCACCACAUUGUCGAAAUUCUCCAAGGAUGGGUUAAGGGUUCUUGCACUUGGCUAUAAACCAAUAGCUUUAGAUAUGGACUUAAAUACCAUUCAACGAGAGGAAGUAGAGAAAGACCUGCACUUCCUGGGCCUGCUGAUGAUGAAGAACCUAGUGAAAACAGAGACUCCUGGUGUCAUCAACAUGCUCAAGCUGGCCUGUCUGCGGACCAUUAUGGUCACAGGUGAUAACAUAUUAACUGCAGUGAAUGUUGCAAAGAACUGUGGAAUGAUUGGAUCUGAUGAGAGAGUGAUCUUUGUCAAAGCUUCGCCCCACACUCCCCAGUCUCGCCCCACCCUGAGGUACAGCCUAGAGGACGAUGGCGCUGCUGCUCAGGACAAUGUAGAAGUCAUCACACAUGGCCUCUAUCAGAGUGGGUACAACUAUCACUUAGCCAUCAAUGGCAAGUCAUUCGCUGCCCUUAGUGACUACUUUCCAGAGGAACUACCUAAGGUUUUAAUGAGGACUACAGUUUUUGCUCGCAUGGCUCCGAAUCAAAAAACCCAGCUGGUGAAGGAAUUACGAAAACUUAAGUAUAGGGUGGGCAUGUGUGGAGAUGGAGCCAAUGAUUGUGGGGCUCUGAGAGCUGCUGAUGUGGGCAUCUCUCUGUCUGAGGCAGAGGCAUCUGUGGCUUCACCAUUCACCUCCAAGAUCCAGAACAUCAGCUGUGUCCCUCUGCUCAUCAGGGAAGGGCGCUGUUCUCUGGUCACAUCCUUUAGUCUCUUCAGAUAUGUGGCCAUGUACAGCCUCAUUCAGUUCUGCUCUGUCCUCAUUCUCUACACAAUGAGAACAAACCUGGCAGACUUGCAGUUCCUGUUCUUUGACUUGGUUCUUGUUACUGUUCUGGCUAUUGUAAUGGGGAAAGGAGGCCCAAGCAAUGCCCUCCAUACAAGCAGACCUCCAGCUAGUUUGUGGUCUCUCCCAGUCCUGGGCAGCCUCCUGAUCCACACCUUGCUUAUCAUCCUGGGACAGACGGGAGUAAUUCUCUUUACUAGAGCACAGGACUGGUAUGUCCCUCUCAAUGGAACUACACCUGGCGAAAAUAACUGGCCCAACAUUGAAGACACCAGUUUGUUUGCAGUGUCUGGUUUCCAAUACAUCUUUAUGGCUGUAGUUGUCACCAAGGCCCAUCCUCACAAGAAACCUCUCUACCAUAAUGGGUGGUUCCUGAUACUGCUGGUGCUCUUCUCUGGACUCAUGAUCUGGCUGGUUAUGUACCCUUUGCCUUUUGUAAGAGUGCUGUUAUCUCUGUACAAUGUGGAGGACAUGAGCUUCAAGUUUGUGCUCGUCGGUUUCUCUGCCCUCAACUUCUUCACCUGUUUAUUGAUGGAAAUGUUGAUAGACCUGGGUCUUCUAAACUCUCUGCGUCUGCUGCGUGGGAGACGUCAGUCCAAGAAACCAUACAAACGGCUAGACUCUCAGCUCUCCGAGUCUUCAUCAUGGCCACCCUUAAACCAGACCCUGUUGCCCAGCCACAACAUAGUCCGACUUCUAAGCUAGCAUUCAUUCUACUCAAUCAAGGACUUGAGCAAGUAUUCUAUUGCUUGCACCAAACUGGCCUUUUACACUUGCAGAUUUAUGUAUUAUUGGAUGAAUAAAGUUAUUUUUUUGUUUAAAGAACACAAA